AUGGUAGAAACUGGAUUUGAAAUAGAAUGGUCACUCGAUACCCAAAUUCAGACCACUCUUAGCCCAUCAUCGCCCUCCAUUAAUCCAGAAAAUGUUACAAUUCGUUCUGAUAAGGCUAAACUAAGUACGAAUCACUUUACAACAAUCGAAUAUCCAUCUGCCUUCAGAACAGGGACCGAGGCAACUAGCUCUUCAUCUCGUUCCCGAGGGACUCUUAUCACUGCCGUAAAUGACUCGAUAGGAGGGCUUUCGGUAAGCUCUGCUUCAGCUCGUCCCUCGCUCCCACAAAUUCUUCAGUCACCUCGCCACCUCUGUUAUAACGUUAACCUGUCCUCCAAUAGUCGUAGAGAUACUGCCUUGCCGUUGGAGAAGCGGGCUCGGACCAAAAGUGGUGACGGCUGCAUCUACGAGCAUCAAAGCAAAUUCCCGGGUGAGAAGUGGCCAGUAGACCGCUCUUCAGCCAACCCUAGACCUAUCAACUCUGCAAAUACUAACUCACUUGGUCUGCAAUCACCAGAAUUGUCAUCAGGCACUGGUUUAAAUCAAAAGGUGAAAUCAUUAUCAGCUUCGUUAGACUGCCGACCGAUAUCCAUGUACCUGCCUGGUUCUGCUUGGCCUGUCGCUCCUCGUCAUUUGCACUGCUCAGAUCAUACUGGGCCGGUGCCAGUAUCAUGUGGACGCUUCGUCAAAUCGACGACAGACUUUAAUAAACCGACCGUAUCCUGCUUAGAGCAGACCCAAAGUCCUAUAAAUGUUACUGACUCCUCUCCAUCCCUGUCAGCAUAUCCUGUCCCAGAGAUGCGACCAAUCAAGAACGAUAUACACUCAGAUUUAGUUCAAAAUUUCAGUUCUGAACCGCAUCACGCUUCAUCUUCCCCACCCAUAUUCGACUUAGCAACAUCUGUCCAGCCUAUUAAUCACGGCGAUCCGAUCACCUCUUUAACUCUACCAAUUUGCCCUAAUUCCUUAGAAGAGUCUUCCACUUCGCAUGCACAUUCUCUCCAAAUUGGAUUGCGUUCCAGCGAUUACGCCUCCUCUCCGGCCAAGCCAUCCGAAAACUCGCCAUCCACUCCAUUGCUUCGAUUACAAACUUCAUCCAUAUCUGCCUACAAGUUAGAAAGGUCCAGGGAACCAAGUUGGGUUCAAGUCGAUUCUCCAAUUUAUCAGUCUUACUUGCCAGUAAAUAUGGCAUCUACACCUGCAUUGUCGCCAUUGCGGUCAACCAAGCAGCCCCGGAAUCUUCAGUGUAGAAAGACCUCUCAUUAUAUACAGGACGGCCAAACGCUGGAACCACCCGCAAAGCCGGCCUGGCAAGUCACUAGCACUUCGGGCAAAGCAGAUUUAGGAAUUAAGACUAGUUUUCUCCUGAAGACUGGCGUAAACGGGAAAAGUGGAAGCAGUAGUACUAUUAUGACUGGCGGCAACUCUAGGUGGAUUAAAGAGGAAAAAGCACUACCUUCUAUUCGUAAAGGUUGGCCAUUUUAA